AUGGCAAACGAUGGAAGGUCCUCCACUGGGCACGCUUCAAAAUCUAGUGCAUUGCCGUGGGUCGAAAAGUACCGUCCUGUAACACUUGACGAGGUGGUGGCGCAUGAUGACAUUCUUUCUACAACAAAGCGGCUUAUGGACAGUGGCAAUUUACCGCAUCUUCUCUUCUAUGGCCCGCCCGGUACGGGAAAGACGACAACCAUUAAAGCAUGCGCUCAUUAUUUGUUUGGGAAGGAGCGUCUCCGAGCAAAUGUUCUUGAAAUGAACGCCUCAGAUGAUCGCGGUAUUGACGUUGUCCGAAAUCAGGUGCGUGAAUUUGCUAGCACGAGUUCUGUCUUCUUUGCCCCUUCCCCCGUUGCGUCUAACUGCGCUGCCUUCAAGCUGAUUGUUCUCGAUGAAGCGGACCAGAUGUCCGGGGAUGCGCAGGCCGCGUUGCGACGUAUCAUUGAAAAGUAUACACGAAAUGUGCGCUUUUGUAUUUUGUGUAAUAACAUCAACAAGAUUAUUCCGGCGCUACAGUCGCGCUGUACCCGCUUUCGUUUUUCACCGAUUAAAAAGAGCGCCAUGCUACCCCGGUUAAAGUUCGUGGCGCAGGAAGAAGGUGUGCACUUUACCAAUGAAGGACUUGUAGCGGCGUUUUGUCUUAGCAAUGGGGAUCUGCGUCGGUGUCUGAAUACGAUGCAAGCCUCUGCCAUGUCAACAGGAGAAAUUACAGAGGAGUCUGUAUACCGUGUCACUGGUAACCCCACCCCAGCCGAGGUACGUGGUAUUGUGGAGGACAUGAUUUCACAUGAUUUUGCCGCGUCGUGGGAGAAGGUGCAAAAAGCUGUCUCGGAAAAAGGUGUUUCGUCAACCGAUCUGGUACGUGAGGUACACCAUAUUGUGAUGGCAAUGGAUUUACCGCAGGAGAGCAAGUGUUUCCUACUCAUGAAGUUAGCAGACGUUGAAUAUUACGCUGCAGGUGGCGCAAAGGAAAACACAUGCAUGAGUGGCAUUCUGGGUGCUUUUCAGUUGGUCAAGGAGGCUUUAACUCAAAAACGGCGCGUAUUUGAGCUCGCCAACCCCUGA